AUGAGAGAUCCAGUUGACACAGCGGCUGCCAUGGCUCAUCAUCCUUUCCAAGCUCACAGACCGGGUGCUGUGCCUCUGUCAGCCUUCUAUACCACCACACAGCAGUCGCUUUUCCCCGCCAUGACGUACCCAGAUGUCGCCUCCAUGUCCGAGCCUCUCCCGGAGCAGGCUCCGUCUGACGCGGGGCUGCACGCGGCUCUGGGACGCCCACGUCAGCCGUCAGUCCACCCGCAGUCCUUUAAGAGUCUGCAGCCAGAGGAAGGACAGGAUGACGACCCUAAAGUCACGCUGGACUCACAGAAUUUAUGGAAUGAAUUUCACAAAAGGGGAACUGAGAUGGUGAUUACAAAAUCAGGAAGGAGGAUGUUCCCCCCUUUCAAAGUGCGUGUGGAAGGUCUAAAUGAAACCGCGAAGUACAUUUUGCUCAUGGAUAUUGUGGCCGUGGAUGACUGCCGAUACAAGUUCCACAACUCUCGCUGGAUGGUGGCUGGAAAAGCUGACCCGGAGAUGCCAAAGCGCAUGUACAUCCAUCCUGACAGUCCGUCCAAAGGGGAGCAGUGGAUGAGCAAGCCUGUGGCUUUUCAUAAACUCAAGCUCACCAACAAUAUAUCAGAUAAACAUGGAUUUACUAUUUUGAACUCCAUGCAUAAAUACCAGCCGAGAUUUCAUAUUGUGCGAGCAAACGACAUAAUGAAGCUUCCUUACAGCACCUUUCGGACUUACGUUUUCUCUGAAACGGAGUUCAUAGCUGUCACCGCUUAUCAGAAUGAAAAGAUAACACAGCUUAAAAUUGACAACAACCCCUUUGCCAAAGGCUUCAGGGACACUGGGAAUGGGAGGCGUGAAAAGAGGAGUAAGCAGUUCAACAUUUACCCGCUGCAUGACGCCCAGAUCAAAGCAGACCAUGACGGUGCUGAAUCUGAUGACUCCCGUGGCCCACCCAGUACCAGAGAUCAGUUCCACUCCCCUGGUGAGCUGGUGAGAAGCCCCCUGAUAUCUACGCCAACACGUCAAGAUGACAACAAUAUUGGAACAGAUUCAGAUAUGGACCAUCGAGAUGAGGACACUCCUGAGGCCAACUGUUCAAGGACUGAACCUGUGUCUUUUUUGAGUCAGAAAAGUGAGGGGAUGCUGAGGAACAAGCCUGCUGUCAGUAAGAGCACCAGCAGUGAGGACGCCAUAAAAGAAAGAACACUUUUCAGAACAUCAGACGGUCUUUCCUCUAAAGAAACCGAGUCUUCAAUAAAGCACACGAGUGAAAACAAAGAUGGCUUCCAGCCCAUGCUGUCACAGAACCCGUCACCCCUCAGCACCGCACACCGUCAGGCUUUGGAUUUCUCCAGUGUGCACAGGCAGCAGUUUCUUAAGCUCAGUGCUCCUUUGUUGCUUCAUCCUGGACAGUUAUCGCUGAAGCCAGAGGCUUUUCCCACCACAGGGAUGGGACAUCUGUUUCCUUCUUUGCCUGGAGUGAAUAAUGCAGACAAUGGAGGCCUUUCUUCUCAAAGCAUCACCUCUGCAUCUCCCUUCAUGUUUCACCUGUCGCAGCACAUGCUGGCAUCUCAGGGAAUCCCGCUGUCACCCUUCGGAGGUUUGCUCUCCUAUCCGUACCGCUACAUGGCAGCACCCACUUCUGUCGCUCCCGCUCUCCCCACCUGCUUUCCGACCUCCACGCUGACCAGAAACCACUGUUUCCGCAGCCACCAGCCCUGGUUACGAUUCAGCCCUUACCCGAUCCCCACCUCCAUCACCUCAUGCCAAAACCUGUUUACAACUGGGUCGCCUGUGAGUUCAAACUCCCAGUCUGAGCUGUCACAAUAUGGAAGCAGGGAGUCCAGUCCAGAGUCUGACAACCACAGUUACAGAGCUAAGGCCAAGCUGAAGACGGCCCCGAUUAAAGCAAUUAUUAAAGAGUCGGUUAAGGAACUGCAGAACCUACAGGAUCAGCCUAGAGAACUUGGUAAACCACUUCCUUCACAAUAG